AUGCCUAGCAUGACUUCGAGACCAAGGUCAAGAACCUUCACUCCGGACCCUACCAAGCGUAGGAGUCUACCAGCUGAAUAUGACGGUUAUGUCUCCAAGGAGACUGCUGCUGGUGGCACCACUGAACCAGCGGCAGCAUAUAUAUCCACCAGGCUGUCCCCUCCAGACACUCCACUCCCAGACCAUCACUACGACACCUACAAGGAACAAAGACUCUAUAACUUCGUGAUGUCUACUUCCUCUUCCCUUUCUCCUGCCUCGGCUCGACCAGCCAACCACUCUCGAGGAAAUUCAAUCUCCUCUGAGAAUGGGAAUUUCUUUACAAGUCUUUUCACGACUACUUCUCCCUCUACACCCGCUUCUCCUCAGGCUGGAUACAGCCCUUCACACUCUAGAAACAAUUCUUUGACCGCACCACAGGGAAAUACAAGCGCAGGCCGCAAGUUCUCACAUUUCUUUGGUCUAGGCGUGGCGAAUGACACAGCCUCUAAUUCCGGGCUGGCAUUCAGCUCCGCACCAUCUUCUCACCGAUCGGUGUCCAAUAGCACCACACUCUCAAAUCUUGUGUUACCCGAACGGACAGGGUUAAAUGAUGCACAAACUUUCGAUGGGAACCCCAUGAUUCGCGAUGAAUUUGCAGGCAUGGACUUUGCAGAGCUCCUAAACGCCGGGGUGCCUAAGAGUCCUUUGAACUGUACACCGCAGGGGUUCCACGCUCUUCACGGCCAGAGCAUGGAGUUAAUUGAGAGACUCUAUACUGGUUACAUGGAGCGGACGAGAGCCUUAGCUGAUGCUCUUGCAGAGAUCGAAGCCCUCCGCGAUGAUCUCGAGCAAAAGGACCAGAAGAUUGAAAGUUUGAAGUUUAGCUGCGAGCAGCUUGCUAAUGUACAAGAAGCACUCUCGAAGGCCUCUGAAGAAGCCGAAAAGACUGCCACAAAAGCAAAUGCCGAGGUUAAGAAACUCAGAGCGGAGAACGAGAGACUCGAGUGGGAGGCCAAAUCUAUUCGAGAAAUCGAGAUGGAUGAUGCUUCUUCUAUUUCUUCCUCCGCGCCAAGGUACGGGCUUGGGCUUAGGCCGAAGGACGUACCACAGGGACUUAUCAGGUCGAGGACUAAGAGCUCCAAUUCGGAUUCGGGAUUUGAGUCGGAGUCGGAUAGUGGCUCAGUAUUUUCGAACGACGGCAAGGUGCCUGGUAGCACGAUUGGUUCCCCCGGCCCAACUUUUACACCUGAAGACGAGAUGGAAACGACCAAUACCGGAACUGGACCUCUCGCGCAAUUGAGAAAUGUACUGAGGAGAACGACAACAAUCGUGGACACCUCGGGGAAAUGUGACUGUAACGGAACGGUUGGACGUCUAAGGAGCGAGAAUAACCAAUUGACAGUUAGAGUUAAAGAGCUGGAAGGUUGUUUGGACAGCUGCUUGGAUUUGGUCGGAGGCAUUUAA